AUGGGAAUUCGUCUACCUUCUCUUCUCUUUAGUGCCAAACAAAUUCUGAAGACACAGUCAGUAUCUGUACGAGGUCAAUCCAACGUACCCAAAGGUCACAUUGCAGUAUACGUGGGAGAAAUUCAGAGGAAGCGGUUUUUGGUUCCAAUAUCUUACUUGAACCAUCCUUCAUUUGUAAAUUUGCUCAGUAGGGCUGAAGAAGAGUUUGGAUUCAACCAUCCAACAGGAGGUUUGACCAUUCCCUGCAAUGAAGAAGCCUUCAUAGAUGUCACCUCCAGACUGUAUACUUCAUAAAAGAUUGAAAAAAAAAAAACAAAGAGCAAUCCAGCUUGCAGUUUUGACAACUUUUCUUCUUGUUUUCUGUCUAUAGAAGGUAGAGUUGAAUGUCAAUGUAAAGGGAGUCUUUAUAUGUAGAUGAUUAGAUAAGAAAAGGUGGAAUGAAGCCACUUGAACAUCAAUGACAAAUAUCAGUUGCAAUGGAAGUGACCAUUAGAGGUACAAAACUUUCAGUUUCCUAUAUAAGCAAGCAAGAAUCUUUGUCAACUGAAACUUUUGAUUCGUAAGCGAUUAAAUUUAUUUAUCGAUGCACAUUUUCUAUGUGUCAAUAAUAUGGAAGUCUUUCCUUAAUGUCCGGAUUAAAAGUAAAAGGAAGAAACUAAUCACUACAUUAAGAGUUAGUCUAGUAUAUAGAACAAAACAAAACCAAUUAACAAUGUAAAAGUAGAUGCUUCCCAAGUCAACCAAAUGUCUUAAUGUUAUGCAGAGAAAUUGAUGAGGUGGUUUAUGAAUUGGGGUUCCUCCGAUGUAUUACUUAUAUGAUAGUCACUUUUUGAUGCUCAAAGAGUAUGUCCAGGACCAGACACAUGUUAAAGAAGCAGAUCUUCAAAUUACAACACUAACUCUAGUAUGACCCUUCAGAUUUUUUAAGACAACAUUGUGCAGAUGUAACAU